CCAGGCUCGGGCUCUCCGGCAGGACUGUGAAGAUUUGGCCAGCUUGGUUUCAAGGCCAACUGGCAAAGAGCAAGUUCUGAGAAGCGAUGGUGAUGAGGGCCUUUGUCCUGUUGGCUGUCUUUGUGGAAGCCUCUGCGAGAUCUUGCACUCCAAAUAAAGCAGAUGUCAUUCUUGUGUUUUGUUAUCCCAAAACCAUCAUCACCAAAAUCCCCGAGUGUCCCUAUGGCUGGGAAGUACAUCAGCUGGCCCUCGGGGGGCUGUGUUACAACGGGGUCCAUGAAGGGGGUUACUAUCAAUUUGUGAUCCCGGAUUUGUCACCUAAAAACAAGUCUUAUUGUGGAACCCAGUCCGAGUACAAGCCCCCCAUCUACCACUUCUAUAGCCACAUCGUUUCCAAUGACAGCACAGUGAUUGUAAAGAAUCAGCCCGUGAACUACUCCUUCUCCUGCACCUAUCACUCCACCUACUUGGUGAACCAGGCUGCCUUUGACCAAAGAGUGGCCACUGUUCACGUGAAGAAUGGGAGCAUGGGCACAUUUGAAAGCCAGUUGUCUCUCAACUUCUAUACUAAUGCCAAGUUCUCUACGAAGAAGGAAGCCCCUUUUGUCUUGGAGACAUCCGAAAUCGGUUCAGAUCUGUUUGCAGGAGUAGAAGCCAAAGGGUUGAGUGUCAGGUUUAAAGUGGUUUUGAACAGCUGUUGGGCCACCCCAUCAGCCGAUUUUAUGUACCCCCUUCAAUGGCAGCUAAUCAACAAGGGCUGCCCCACCGAUGAAACUGUCCUCGUACACGAGAAUGGGAAAGAUCACAGGGCCACCUUCCAAUUCAACGCUUUCCGGUUCCAGAACAUCCCCAAACUCUCCAAGGUUUGGUUACACUGUGAGACAUUCAUCUGUGACAGCGAGAAGCUUUCCUGCCCAGUGACCUGUGACAAGAGGAAGCGUCUCCUCCGGGACCAGACAGGGGGCGUCCUGGUGGUGGAGCUCUCCCUCCGUAGCAGGGGAUCCUUCCGUCUCUAUAGCUUCUCAGAUGUCCUCUAUCACCUCAUCGUCAUGCUGGGGAUUUGCGUCGUGUUGUAGGAAAUCACCAGGCAGCCAGCAGCAUCUCCUCCACCCAACAUCACCUCCUGUGUCCGUGAUGAACUUUUAUCGUGCCACCAGCAAGAACCUACAGAAGAGCAUACUGUUGGGAAGCUUUGCCAAUUACGUGUUCCAGAGAUUUUUGUGAAUUUCAGUGAUUGCCUUUGGUGCCCCACUUCCUCCUGGGACUUCCCGCGGCUCCGAGAUCCUGCAGUUCCUCUCCUGCGGCUGGUGGAGAAGUCUCUUUUCCCCCAAGCUCAAGGCAGGGCUGCAGAGGACUCAUUUGAAAGCGAUUCUAAUUUUAAAAGUCUUGCACACCCAACCAAGUGCAGCUGAGCAUUGAGGAGAAUGUAUAACCGCAAAGUCAGUGCUAAGUACAGAAUGAACAGGAAUAGCCAACUUUGCCAAGUGGGGCCUUUGUCAUUGAUGCCCUGCGAUGCUUAUUUAAGAACCAGGGCUGAGCCACCAGGCAGGGGGGGUUCUGAUCUUUCAAAUGAUAAUGCAGGAAUCAGACUGGAAUAUAAUACUCAAAUCUGAGUGUUAGAAAGGAAAACAACUCUUGAGAGGCCACCAGGGCUAACCCAAUUUGUUUUUAGUAUAGUGUUUCUUAAAUAAGUGUAAACAUCAUAUAGAUAUUAACUUGUUUUUAGAGCUGAUAGAAAUUUCAAAAAUCAAAAGAAAAUGAACAAUUAAAUAGGACUAAGAAGAAUAAAACCCACAUUAACAGAAAUUUGACAUCAUGAUGUGGCAUUGCCUAAAUGAAACCACUGCUGGCACAGGACACUGGAGUGACAUCUGUGACAGGUCCUCUGAAAUUUGUCAACCCAAUCCUACUCUACAUCUUGUGGUGCGCAAUGCUCUCGCAAUUUUUUUUUUUCUAUUUGAUCUAAGAAAUCUUCAUCUGUGCAGAAUGGUCUGACCUCAUGUAGUCUUUAACAGUCAAGCAUGUAUCUCUCUGUUUUUGUCUCCUUGACUUAUGACUUAUGACUUAGAAUGGAACCUACCAAAAAAAAUCAGAAACACAACUGCAAAAAUGGCCAGUGGCAUCACAGGGCACCACACCCUGAGGCCAGCCCCAGCCCAGGGAUUAAGAAUGCAUGGAUGUUAAUGAUUUACAGGGCCAACAACAACCAAAAAAAAAAAAAAAAACCUGAAGAGCCAACCCUCAUAGACCCCUGGGCAAGUCCCAAGAAUGCACUGUCAACACCAGAGCUAGAAUGGGACAGGAAAAGCCAGAGCUCUCACUUUUUUUCUUAGUCCUGUACAGACUUAAUGAGUGGGCUUUUACUUUGAAAACCCAUCAGUGUGUCUCUCUGUGGCUAAUAUAUUUGAGAGGUUUUGAGAUGUGUAGUUGGGUGAGUCUUUUAGAACUGUGCUGAGGAACUCAGAAAUCCAGCUAGUUCCCAAAUUUCUGGAAACAUGGAGUACACGUUUGUUUAGCAACAGACUAGAUUCAAAUGACUCAGCGGCGUCUAAACUGUUCUCAAAGCUGGAGCUUCAGCCGGUUUGGGAUUUCUUCUUUUUAUAAAUUCAGAAUUUUUAUAACAAGGAAGGGCAGAAGACAUUUUAUUGGUUCUAGUCAAAAACUCUUAAAUAGCCUACUUAGAGCCAUGAUCAAAUCUUUGGCCAUCCAAGUAAAACAAUGUUGUAUUAGUUUUGCUUUAUUUUAUCAUAUUGUUUAAUGCUCUUGUAUCUUCAA